UUAUUGUGGAUUUUAUUAGUGAGGUUUUAAAAUCGUUUCCUCCUCCUUUUAUCUAUAUGUAAUCCAGUGUCCCAGCUGCUUUUGGAGUUGGGUUUGUGCUAAGUGACAGAGUGAUGAACACUAGAGUUUCAGUCACCCAGAGAAACCACAGCAAACAGCAUCUAUGACAGUCGCGUUUACUUCUUCAUUUCUCAGGGAGCCAUGAUGUCCAUUGCUUUCAAGGAGGGAAUCAGGAUCCCGCCCCCAGCUCUUAACGAAAUCAUUUUAGCCUCCAAUCAGGAUGUCCGACAGGUGAUCCACAAUCUCAGCAUGUGGUCAGCCAAGGACAAGGUGAUGACGUACGACCAGUGCAAGUCCGACGCAGCCAGCGCACGCAAGGACAUGAAGCUCGGGCCGUUUGACGUCUGCAGGAAGGUGUUUGCCUCGGGGGAGGAGACGGCCCGCAUGAGCCUCAUCGACAAGUCGGACCUCUUUUUCCACGACUACUCGCUGGCGCCGCUGUUCGUCCAGGAGAACUACCUGCACGUGCGCCCAGCUGCUGCAGGUGGCAACCUGAAGUCCCACCUGGUGUUGCUCAGUAAGACGGCUGACUCCAUCUGUGAUGGCGAUCUGGUGGAUAGACGGAUCCGCUCAGGACAAAACUGGUCACUGCUACCCACCCAG